CCAAUGGCGUCGCAGCAGCCGAGAAGGAGAUUCGAAAACACAAGCCGUAAAUCCUCGCAGUUUUAGCUCAAUUAUGAAGCCCGAGAGGACACCCAUGUCAAGGAGACCCAAGCCUCCUCCAAAGCCAAAAACUUCAGAGAGAUUUAUUGAGCGUGAUCCUGUUGAGGUAUACUGCCGUAUUCGCCCACCAGAGACCCCAAACCAGGAAGAAUGUGUCACAGCUGUGGACUCUCGCACUGUUAAACUAACACCUCCAGACACCUGCUUUGCAUUCCGCAAUGGGCAUGCCAAAGAGCAACAGUACAAAUUCCGACAUGUAUUCAACCCAGACUCCUCGCAGAAAGAUGUGUUUGACUAUGUUGCCAAGCCUUUGGUGUCUGAUGUGUUGCGGGGGAAGAAUGGUCUUCUGUUUGCUUAUGGUGUUACAGGUUCUGGGAAAACACAUACAAUGCAGGGAUCACCCCAUGAUGGAGGUAUUGUUCCCAGGACAUUAGAUGUCAUUUUCAAUAGCAUUAAUGAAUACCAAACAAAGAGGCGCAUCUUCAAGCCAGACGGAAUGAAUGGCUUCGAUGCUCAGUGUGAAUCGGAUGCUUCCAGUGAGCGACGGAGGAUUGACGCCACACCCAUUUAUCCUAAAACGCCAAAGACCCCCAGAUACAGACGAGACACAAGUGGCUCCCAAGAUAGCUCUCAGCGGAUCCCAGACACCUCAAGAAUUGAAUGCAUUGAUGAGGAUAAUGUGUUCUCAAUCUUUGUUGCUUACAUUGAGAUCUAUAAUAAUUAUAUAUAUGACCUCCUGGAAGAUUUAUCUGAUGCAGGGCCAUCUGGACGACUGCAGACCAAAAUCUUGCGUGAAGAUGCCCAACACAAUAUGUAUGUACAUGGGUGCACAGAGGUUGAAGUGAAGAAUCCAGAUGAUGCACUGGAGGUUUUAUACAAAGGUCAGAGAAGGCGCAAGAUUGCUUAUACGCGUCUAAACUGUGAAUCUUCUCGGUCACAUUCCAUAUUCACAAUCAGAGUAGUCCAGGCCCCGCUAGAUGCCCAGGGCGAGGAGGUGGUGACGGACAAAGCUAGCAUGAUGGUGUCUCAGCUGUCCUUGGUUGAUUUGGCUGGCUCAGAGCGUAACAACCGGACCAAGGCUGUUGGCGACAGGAUCAAGGAAGCUGGCAACAUUAACAACUCUCUCAUGACCCUGAGGACUUGCAUUGAAGUUCUUAGAGAGAACCAGUUGACGGGUUCUUCCAAGAAAGUGCCAUACAGGGACUCCAAGGUGACCCAUUAUUUCAAGAACUAUUUUGAUGGAGAAGGCAAGGUCAAGAUGGUUGUUUGCGUCAAUCCUAAGGCUGACGAUUAUGAUGAAACUCUGCCGGUGAUGAAGUUUGCAGAAUUGGCUUCAGAAGUACAGGUUCAACGAUCUGUCCAGUCGGCAAGACAGGAUCCUGGAUUGCUGCCUGGAAGGAGAAGAGCAAACCAGCUGUUCAAGGAAGUUCGACGGAGGUUAGAAGAGGAGGGUGAGAAUGUCAAGAACUUGGAAGUGGACCUGACACCCAUAUACACACUGGCACCAGCUUGGCCUGCUGUUAGUUACACAGCAGAGACACGGGAUGAUGUCAUUAUGAAACUCAAGGCGUAUUUGCAGAAGAGAAUUCACAACAGAGAGAAGCUGCAGACUGAACUGAAAGGAAAGAUUCUAACAAUGCACACUAAUGUAGUAGAGAUGGAGAAGGAAAACCUCAUUAUGAAGAAGGAAAUCAUGAGUUUGCGAUCACUGUAUGAUGAUGCCAUGGCAAAGGUCCGGACAUUAGAAUCCAUGCUACUGAAUGCAGAAUCUGUCAACGAAAGUUUACAGAGGAAAUUUACUGAUUAUAACAACCUAGUUGAUGAAUGCAAUGCUGUGCGAGAAGAAAGAGACAUAGCCAAGUCGCAAGGACAACUAGAGAAACAGAGGAUGAAAGCACGUUUGAAGUGCAAGCUAGAGAUUGAGAAGGACAAAUUGAAGAAUGACAUGCAAACGAAACUAAGUGAACAAAAGUCAAAAAUGUUCCACAGUCAAGUGCGAGCACUGCAGGAGAUUUUCUUGGACGACAACCAAACACCUGGAAGUCGAGUACCUUCAACUUCAGAUUCAGACCUAAGGCAGCCUCGUCAAGGUUCCCAGAACCAAGGCAUCAAGGGAUCUACAUCUGACCCAAAACUCAAUGUCAGCCAAGCAUUCUUGACUCCUGACCUCAGAGGCCCUGCAGUUUCAAACCAAAGACAUAGACGUUCAAGAUCUCAAGGUGCUGAUAUAUGGCUCGAUCAUCGUCCAGGACAGGAGGUACCGCUUGGAACAGUUCUACAGCCAAAUUUGCCGCGACGCAAGUCUGUCACAAGACUACGCAGUGGGGACCUUCUUGAUGGUCGUGUAACAAAUUAUUGUUUGACCACUCAGCAGCAGGACUCUGAGGGAGAACUUGAAACAAAGUUGUACAAGAACAUGAAUUGGCAAGUACUUGAGUGGGGACAACAUGUGCUUUUGUGCUGGCUUCUGUUCUGUGAUCUGGCGACGUACUACCUACGGCCGGAGGAGGUUCCCAGGUGGUGCUACAGGAUGUGGAGAUCCUCAAGCAGCGAGAUCCCCUGGCUGUCCCUCUGUCUAAGCGUUCCUCGGAUGGUACCCCUAAGGUAGAUGCCACCACUGUGCAAGAGCGUUGUGCAACUGGUAUUGCAUAUUAUGGCACCCCCAGCCACUAUGUUCCUAGCAAGCGUACAAAGUUGUAAGAUAGUAUUAUAUUUCUUAACUUCCAAUUGGUAUAAGCCUUUUUUAUUAUCAUAAAGCUCUCAUGUUGUUAUUUUGUAAAUGAAGAAUUUUAUUUGUAUUUCUUACAAAGGAACCUCUUCUUUUUUCUUCUUUUCACUGUCCAUUUAUAGGAUUUUGUGAUUCUUUUAGGCAUCAUUUUGAUUGCAGACCAUUUUGGAAUAUUGCAUAAUUAAUAUGCUGCUAACUUCUAACAAAAAAUGACCCCAUAUUCUAAUAUGUAAUAUAUUGCUUGUCUUUUUUAUGGAAUGUAAUAAUCCUGAAACCACUAUAUUAGCAUCAGAUAUGAUAUGUAUAGUCCCCAUUAGCAUUACAUGUAUAGUGAAAAAUUAAUAGGUCUUCCCUAUUUGUUUUUAUAGAGGGGAAGGUCAUACACUAUUGUUGUACUUACUAUGGUUAGAAUUAUGUACUUGGAUUGUGGAAAGCCUGUAAUAUUCUCAGUGAUUUUUACAAUUGUGAUGUGAAGCAUCUACACAACGGGCUGGAAUGUGGUUUGUAGGAAGGGGACAUUUUUGGUUAAACUUUUACUGUAUGAAUAGUUCUUUAGGAAUAUAACAUGUAUUUAUACUUCAUGUAGACUAAACUGAUUAUGCCAUUUUUCUGAUGGUCUUCACAACAAUUCCUUUACAGCUUUUUUACUAAGUGAUACCAUGCCUUGUUCUAUAGUAUAUUGUUUCUGAAUGGAUGUGAUUGUUGUAUAGAUGUUAAAAAGCUGUCAAAGGAUUCAGGAAUCAAUCAGUUAUGUAGUAUGUAUUACCAUAAACAAAAUAAACAAGACUUACAUUAA